AUAGCUAUACGAUCCGACAACACCGGAAGCAUACUAUGAUAUAGAACAAAAUAAAAUUGUCGUCACUGCUGCCUUAGUACAAAAACUUAUAUAUGACAGAUAUCGUCUUCCAAUAUUGAACUACGGAACGCUUAGAUUUGUUAUUGGACAUCAAAUUAUUUAUGCUUUUGAGGACAACUGUUUCUUAGAUGACAACGUUGCGUAUUCGGAGAGGAUUCUGCCAUUGUACAAAAAUAUAACGCAAUGUUUCAUUGACUAAUGAUUACCUGAUCCCGGAAGUAGAAGAUAAAGUUAUUUGCGUAAACGGAUCGUUAACGUGUCCAGUGAACAUGGGCGAUUCUGCUGAAAUUGUUGCUGCGUAUCACACAUAUAAAAACUAGAAAGCGGAUUUACCCGAGAUAGAGUGGCGGUUACAGGAUUUGAAGAAUUACACCGAUGAGCAACUUUUUUUUUAUUUAUGCUCAAUUUUUCUGCGAAACUGCUUUAUCGGAACAGAUAAAAAAGGAUAUUGUUGAGAAUGAACACUCGGUAAUGGAAAUUAGAAUUUGCGGCAGCUUGUCGAACUCUCGUGAUUUCUCCGAGGUUUACAAUUGCCCUCUGGGAACUCCAAUGAAUCCGAAGAAAAAAUGCNUACUUUAGUUCUAAACCAAAGAGUAAUGAGAUAGAAAAGCAAUAAUAUUACAAUUGUCAACGCAGUUUCUUUUUAUUAGCAAACAUUUUUUAAAAUAUAAAACUGACAUACUUUUACAUACAUGUACUGGAAUCUAAAAUCUAUACUUUAGCAAUUACAGUACAAUAACGUUUUUCUUGAAUUAAAAAGAAUUAUAGAAUUUAAAUGCAUAAUUUUAGAUAUUUAGUAUAAGGUUAGACUAUUUGUAACUGCAUAAUUUUUAAAUCAUUAUUAAUUGCUUAAAAAAACUUACUGAGAAUAAUUUAUUUUCCUUCAUGUGCAAUAACUUAUUCUCGAGUUUUUUUUCAUGAAUCAAACAUUCCAUGACGUUUCACACAUUAAUGUAGUUCCUUGCUAUAUAACGCAUUAUGUCGCAUGUAUAAUUGUUUCGAAUCUUAUUAAAAUAAUAUGGUUUCUUAUGUAUUCGUUGAAAACUUGUCUUAAACAAAAGAAUUGUAAAACGUCUGAGGAUGCAAAAUGUACAAAAAACUGUUUCACGUGUAUAAUUGNCACUGUGAUACGAAACAGAAGUGAUUAAUGUUUGAAAAAAACCUGUUGAAAAACAUUACAAUACGAUUAAUCGUGAAGUCAUUCAAAUUAUGAAAUUUUAAAUUAAAAGAUAUUGUUAAGGCACUGUACUUGUAUUAAGACUGUAAAUAUCAUUUUCAAGACAAGUAACGGAGAAAUGAUAAAAACUACUGAAAUGCGACUUUUGAUAUUUGAAUAUUUCCGAACCAAUUAGAAGGCAAACACGAGCAUGACACGUGAUUCGUAUAAACACCACGUAGGAGUAAGAGUGUAAUUCCAAAUAUCAAACAAGUUAGUCAACUUUCGUCCUCGAGACGCUACGAUACCAGAUAGGUACUGUUAAAAUAUCGUAUAGCAAACCUACGUUAACGCGGUAACAAAUAUACCUUGCGUGUAGUUUUAAUUACACUCGUUACGGAAUACUUUUACGUCUGACUAUUUGAAAAGAAAGAACUAUUUAUUAACGAAAAAUANAAAUUUCUCAUUAAAAUAAAACAUUUUAUGUAGAUGCGUACCAAAUGUAUAUUUAAUGACUGACAGUUUUUGAACAAGUGCUACAACAAAUUACUUGGUACAUACAUACAUAAGUCUUAGUUAACCUAUCCAGGCGCAAAUAUAACGUUCAUUAGUGAUUAUCCUUGAAAUCGCGAACACGAAGAAAAACACAAGUGGUGCCGAUUCAGCUUUGAGCAAAAUCACACUAUGGGAACUUGUGUCUUUAUAGUUUUUCUGAUAGCGUAUAUUACGUUUUANAUUCCAACGACAUAUAGUACUAAACAUCGGCCAAUUAUAAUUUGCACUACAGAAGAAUGUAUAAAUUCAGCUUCAGAGAUGUUAUCGAAACUUGAUCGUGCCGUUGAUCCUUGUGACAAUUUUUACAACUUUGCUUGUGGAGGAUGGUUACAACAUAACCGAGCAAAUUUAUCAUUCCCAAAAGUUGACAUCUUCUCACUGCUCAAAAGAAAGACAGAGAAUCAGAUUCGAGAAAUGUUAGAAGCACCAAACAACCCAAACGAUACUUUUUUCUUGCUAAAAGCAAGACAAGUAUUCGCGCAAUGCAUGAAUCACAAAACUGACAAAAAUACAAGUAGUAAAGCAGUCGAAAUGACCAACUCCACCACUGUGAAAACAAAUGAUAUCGCACGUGUCGAGAUGGACAAAGAAAGUAGACAAAGUGAUGGAGACGAUACAAAGUGGAAAAAAUGCGUGGACAAUGUUAGAAUGUAUACUGCUAUUUCGCAUGAAUAUAUCAAGAAAUACGCAUCGCAUCUAGAAAAUUCAGAAUACCUAGAGGACAUUAGAAAGAUAGCCGCGGACGUUCACAACGUCGUUCAAGAACAAAUGAGAAAUUCUACGUGGAUAGACCAAGUUACAAAAAAAGCGUUUCUUGAAAAACUUGAGCAUAUAAAGUACGAAUUUAUUAAACCCGAGUGGUACAGCGACGAAGCUAUAGACAGAUUUUAUAAAGGCUUGAAUGUCAGUAGGCCAUAUAUCCAAAAUUUAUUCAAUGUACAUUUGUACGAGAGAAUUAAAAUUUUGAGCUUAUGGAAAUCUGACAAUAAAACUUUUUCGCCAUGGCUAUACGAUCCGACAACACCGGAAGCAUACUAUGAUAGAGAACAAAAUAAAAUUGUCGUCACUGCUGCCUUAUUACAAAAACCUGUAUAUGACAGAUAUCGUUUUCCAAUAUUGAAUUACGGUGCGCUAGGAUUUAUUAUUGGACANCAUAUCACUCAUUUUUUUGAUGACAAUUGUUUGUUAAAUGACAAUUUCGCAUUUUUGGAGAGAAUUGUGCCAUUGUACAAAAAUAUUACGCAAUGUUUCAUCGACCAAUACAAUGAUUACCUGAUCCCGGGAGAAGAUGAAAUUAUUCGUGUGAACGGGUCGUUGUCGUGUCCAGUGAACAUCGGCGAUUCUGCUGGUAUUGUUGCAGCAUAUCACGCGUAUAAAAACAGAAAAGCAAAGCUACAAGAAACUGAAUACCGAUUAAAAGGCCUAGAGCAUUACACCGAUGAUCAGAUUUUUUUUCUGAGUUAUGCUCAAUUUUUCUGCGAAACUGUUCUGCCGGAACAUGUACAUAAAAACAUUGUUCGAAACAAACACUUGUUAAAGGAAAUUAGAAUUCGCGGCAGUCUAUCGAACUCUCGUAAAUUUUCCGAGGUAUACAAUUGCCCUCUGGGAACUCCAAUGAAUCCAAAAAAGAAGUGCGCACUUUGGUUCUAAACCGAAAAGUAAUGAGAUAAAAAAGCAACAUAAUUACAAUUGUUUACACAGUUUUUUUCUUCUUUUGCAAACAUUUCGUACAAUUGUACAACUAUUAUAUUUUUGAUAUACAUAUUAAAAAUCUAUAAAACCUGAGCAGUUACAAUAACGGUUUUUCUUGAAUAAAUANGAAAUAUGUAAGUUUAAAUAUAGGUUUAAUACUGUUAGUAUAAUGUUAAAUUAAUUGUAAGUGCAUAAUGUUUAAAUUAUUCACAAUUAAUUAAAAAGAAAAUUAAUCACAAUGUUGUAAUUUUNUUGAUAGAUAGAUUCUUAUGAUAGAUAGACACUAG